AAUCCAUUUGCUGACUGCAGCAAUCCUUCCUUCCAGCUACAUGGCCUUUCCACUCGCUGCUAGAAUGCAAGGAAUGCGGAGCGCCGCCGAGCAACCUCGCUCCAUUCCCGGCAACGUUGUUACUGGAGCCUUCUGAUGAAAAACGAAAAACAAGACACUUUUGCAUGCCCCGGGUUUAGGUGGCGGCGAGGAAGCGGCUGCCGUGAGGAUGUUGCAGUGAUUGGUGACUGGGCGGCUCCGAGGUGUGUCCGGAGGCGGUGAGUGAGUGAUCGGCUCAGAGUUACUUACAUUACAGCCCCCGUGUAUCGCUUCACUCUGUAACGCUGCUCCCUGUCAACGCCUCUGUAACACCGCUCCACACCAGAAGUACCUGCACACUACCUUGCCCAAGGAGAGGUGGACAACUGCUCUCUGCUCUUACCCUGAGCAUCUCCUUCAACUGAAGUGUGACCGGUUACGAAGGGUUUGCUGCAUUUUACAGAGGCUGACCUCAGACAGCUGGGAAUUCAGAACCAAACCCACAGGAUUCGCAUCGGAUCCAGCAUUUUCCUGCUUCAGGAGAGGGAGAGGCAGAGAGAGCUGAGGAUGAUGGCUGCAGGAAAGUACGCGAGUUUGCCUCGCAAGGCGCACGGGGACUGCAAGUGCUCUCUGGCAUCCUCGAUGGAGGCCCUGGAUAAGGGAGGUCUCCUCUCCGGCCAGCAUUCCAGUUACCUCCAGAGUGUCUCCAUCCACGGCACGCUCCCGAGAAAGAACAGCAGGAAACACUCUCUCCCGGCGGCCGGCACCUACGGACCAUUGGAUCUUCAGCCCUUGUCCCUGCAACCUCGGCUGCGUAAGGCAUCGUGGUCCUGCGAUGUUAUUGACGAGCAUCCGUCACAAGAUGCCAACGAGCUCCACUCUGGGCAAAAGCACAUCGCGGACUUUGCCCUGGAUUACGUCAAGUUCUCCAAGGACAGGUACAUCAUGGAUUCGACACCUGAGAGGCUGAGGAAAGAGCUGGAGGAGGAGCUGAAGUUGAACGGCGAAGACCUGCGAGGCCAUGCCUGGUACCACGGACGCAUUCCCCGCAAGGUGGCCGAGUCUCUAAUUCAGCGAGACGGAGACUUCCUUGUCCGCGACUCCCUCUCCAGCCCCGGAAACCACGUCUUGACCUGCCAGUGGAGAAACACCCCUCACCACUUCAAGAUCAGCCGUGUGGUGGUGCGCCUGAGCGAGGGCUACUCCCGCCUGCAGUACCAGUUUGAGCGGGAGAGCUUUGACAGUGUCCCCGCGCUGGUCAGGUGUUACGUGGGCAAUCGCAGGCCCAUCUACGAGCAGGUGGGCGCCAUCAUCUUCCAGCCCAUAAACCGGACACUCCCGCUGAGGUGGGUGGAGGAGACGUACGGCACGACCGUGCCCGCAGCCACGCCGGUCAAGGAGCAGAUCUACCAGGCGCCGGUCGGCAAGACGGACACAGCCAAGAGGCUGAGCUGGACUCUGCCCAAUGGCUCGAGUAACGAUCGCUCCCUCUCACCUGGAAACCUGUUGAGGAAUAAAGACAAGAGUGGGAGCCAGCCCGCAAGUCUAGACUACGUGCCCGACAGACGGCAGCCCUUGAAGUCUCAUCAGUCGGAGAGUUACCUCCCUCUGGGGAUGAGGUCUCCGCCAACGCAGCUGAACCUGCUUCAGCUUCAGCAUCAGCAGCCGUUCAGCAGAACGGAGGGGGCUGCACGGAACAACUCGCUAGUGUUUCGAACGGGCAGCGAGCCUGCGCUCAGUCCCACCUACUUCCGGCCGCCCCUGCUGGACACUCAGGCCGGGGAGGCGCUGAGAGGCUCCGACAGCCAACUCUGCCCCAAACCCCCCCCGAAGCCCAGCAAGGUGCCGUCCCUCAGGAUGCCCAACCGGCCCCUGUUAGUAAAGGGCAGCAUGGAGAUGGACAAUCACGCUGAGAUGAACGCUGUCACCCUGCAGAGGGGGCACGCCUACUGCGGGCAGGACUCCUCGCUGGACCGGGUGCCUGUGGUCCUCUGCCUCCCGACACCUGACAGCUUCGUGGAAAGACUCAGGACGGACGAAGCAUCGCAGGCCGGGCUUCAAGGCUGCGGCUCAGUCCUCAGCACUCCGCGCGGCAGCCCGAUCCUCUUCACAGUCUCCCCCCUGCAAGACGAGGAAGGGGUGAGGACGCAGGACCCUCUCCGACCCGUCUUUGAAAACACCUCCUGCUUCAGGCCCAAUGAGUUCCAGUCAAAGCUGCUCCCCCCUGACAACAAGCCCCUGGACACCUCCGUCAUCAGAAGGGUGAAAGAACUGUUUACCAAGACUGAUUCCACCACUAUUGCCAAGCACAUCCUGAAAGUGGACAGCCAGGUUGCUAGGAUACUGAAUGUCUCUGAUGAAAUCAAGCAGCAAAUGCAAGUGAGCUCGGGUCUGGAGCUGAUUACUCUUCCUCAAGGGCAUCAACUCCGCUUGGAUUUAAUUGAAAGGUAUAAUACUCUGACCAUCGGGAUUGCAGUGGAUAUCCUGGGUUGCACAGGAAGCGUUGAAGAGAGAGCUGCGGUGUUGGCCAAGAUUAUCCAACUGGCACUGGAGCUGAAAUAUUCCAUGGGGGACCUGUAUGCCUUCUCCGCUAUAAUGAAAACCUUAGACAUGCCACAGAUUACACGAUUAGAACAAACCUGGAUUUCUCUCCGUCGCAAGCACACCAAGAGUGCCAUUGUCUACGAGAAGACUCUUAAACCAUGUAUCAAAGCCUUAAAUGAGGGAAGAGAGGACGUUGCGCUCAGUAAGACCACGAUUCCGCACCUCAUGCCCCUCAUCACCCUCAUGGAACGCCAGUUUGUCACCUUUGAAACCACGGAGUUGUGGGAAACCAUCGAUCAGGGCUGUGAAAUAAUGCACAAGCAUCUGGACGAUGCACGAUCCGUCGCACACAAUGCUGCUGUGUACAAAGUGAACACUAAACGGAUUCUUGAAGACUUUGAGCCGGAUGAAGAAAUGCUGGAGACAUUUCAGACGGAGUUCGCGAUGAGGUUGUUGUGGGGAAGCAAAGGUGCACAAGUUAACCAAACCGAGAGAUACGAAAAGUUUGCGAUGAUUUUGACGGCGUUAUCACGAAAACUUGAACCACCCUCAUGGCUUCUGGACCACUAGCUAAUUGUGGAAGUACAACACAACAAGGACUGCCUGUUGUUAAAACACACUUCGUACAAUGCUCGACAAUAUCCAAGACACGAUCUUCACUAAUACAUAUCAGUGUUUUAGCCACUUGCUGUCUCGUACUGUAUCUCAGCGGCUUCUGCUUGCACACCUUUAACAUUCCAAGUGAAUUUUUUGUUUGUAACUAUCUCUGGUGUAUAGAAACACACUGGGUUGUUUCUAACCUUGUUAGAAAUACAGAGUUACUUUGUGUAUCAGGGUGCCAUGU